ACCAAUUUAGAAAGAGGGGAAAGGCAGUAUCCUCCGCACCUCCUCUCCAUCUUCUUCCUCCUGCUCUUUCUUCUACAGUAAUGCCCAUACAAAACCCUAACCCUAAUAAAAAGAAGAAAAAGCAUAGCAAUCAGGAUGAUGAUGAAGACGACACCGUUCAGGGAAAGCAACGAACUCAAUUCGAAUUUUGUAAGGCGUGCAGAUUGAAUCACAAUCAAGGCCGGCGCCACAUUUAUUUUCCCAACCACAAGAAGGCUCUUUCUUCAUUCCUCUCUCGUUUCCAAUCCAAGCUCAAGAACGACGUCGCUUUUUACCUUAAAAAGCCUAUGCCUCUUCGUCCUGAACACGCCGCCCUCAACCGCCUCUGGUGCGUCUUCUGCGACUUUGAUAUUCUGGAAUCCGACAGCUCCUUUGCUUGUGGCAACGCCAUCGCGCAUUUGGCAAGUGCAGAACAUUUAAAGGGAGUGAAGAGUUUUUUGUGGAAAUAUGGAGGUGGAAUGGACCGCAUGGAUUCGUUUCGGAUUUCUGAGUCUGAUUUUACUAAGUGGGAGAAGAAGUGCAAGUUGUUGAAGAGUGAGGCUGCUGGUGGAGGAUCUCAUGGAUCUUUAAUUGGACCAUUGAAUGAUAUCCACAAUGAAUCAAAAUCUGAAUAUGUAAACAGUUUUGACAAAAAUAAAUUAGAUUGUUUAACUUCUGAUGUUAAAUGUUCAAAUAGUGUUGUGCCUUUACAAGAUCAUACAAUUGAGAGAUCUCAGAUAUCACAUUCAAAAAUAUGUACAGUUGGACCUCAAAUACUUCAUGCGGGUACAGGUGUUGGCUUAGGUGCACGGACUCCAAAUGGGUUACCAGGUUUUUUCGGUAAUCAACAUUAUACGCAUUCUGUACCCAAGGAAGGUCCAGCUUACAGCUGUCCCAAUGAUGGAAAAGUCUAUUCUUAUGAAGGAAUUGCAAUUGGAGAUAGACAUUCCCAAGGUACCUCCAGUGAAGAGAGCAGAUUGCAGAGUUUGCAAAAUCUCACUCAAAUCUCUUCUUCAGCACAAGAAAAUGGUGGAGGAAAUGUUCAUUCUGGAGCACCUCCUCCUUGGUUCAGUGCCGCUGAGAAAAUUCAACUAGACAAUAAAUUGAAUCAAGGAUUAGGUGAUCUUGUCUCUUCUCUUGGUGAGCAAAUGAAGACCUCAAAAUUAAACCCAAAAAGGGUUGGAGCUGCCUGGGCAGAGAGAAGGAAGAUAGAACUGGAAUUGGAGAAAAGAGGUGAGCUUGUAAGACACGAUUUUGGUGCUGAUUGGCUACCCAAUUUCGGCAGAGUGUGGCAGUCAGGAAGUAGGAAAGAUUCUAGAAAAGAAUUUUUGGGGGAGAACAAGACAUGGCGCAAAGUUGACAGUCAAAUAGAGAAGCCAAGUCAAUUUCAGCCUUACAUCAGCAAAAGAAUGCGGACAGAUAAUACUGCUGAGUGAAGCAUUUCUGGCGCACUUCAUGAUAUGCUAUUGAUAGCAAAAGUAGAAUCACUAAUGACAGCGGAAUAGUAGGUAGCUAUGUGAAUUUUUGGGUUAGACAGACACAGCCAGUGUGCAGUAAUAUGACUGUUCUGUUACACAGCGGGACGGACAUAAGAAAAAUGAGCAAUGUAUGUAUGUCUGUAUCACCAAUCGAUAUCUAUGUUGACUUGCUGGGCCACGAAGUGUUGGAAGUAUUUACCAUUGAAGGUGGAAAAAUGUUCGCUAUA